GUUGAAGAAAGCAAGAAUUGCAGCGACAUCUCAAAAUUGAUAAGUGAUCAUGUGAUCAGUAAACAACACCAUGGGCAGCAGCUUGAGCACAAGCUUCGGAGAAUCCAAUAAAGUGGCGAUCGGAGUGGGUGUCAGCUUGGUGGUCGUGGGAGGUGCAGGGUAUUUGGUAUAUCGCCACCUGCACCGUGAUUUGAUGCCCUCAAAAUGGCGUCGCGUUGGCACACUGGAGCAGAUCAACGUAUUUCCAGUCAAAUCGUGUGCUCCACUCGCGAUCACCGGUCAGGAUGAGUAUGAAUGCGAUUUGUUGGGAAUUGGCGCGGGAAUCGUGCGCGAUCGCAAAUUUAUGCUGAUUAACGAUAACAACGAAAUGAUUACGGCUAGAGGUUAUCCGCAUAUGGUUAGAUUCAGCCCAGAAAUGCCCAAUGGCUUGUUAUUUAGCGCACCGGGUAUGCCCGACUUGGAGCUAGACUUUAGGCAUCUGGAAACACCUGAAGAUGUACGCACUGCUGUAUGGGGUGUCAGCUUGGAUGCCAUGUUGUGCGGGAGCCGAUUUGACAAGUGGUUCUCCGAGUUCAUACUGAAAAAGGAUUCGGGCUUGAAGCUUGUGUAUUAUCCUUACCCAGUUCCAGUGCGUGCAACUAAUCCCCGACUUGCGGAUAUGCCAUAUAUAAAGCAACAGGAUUCAGGAACCUUUAACGAUGCUACAAGCUAUAUGCUCAUGAAUUUGUCAUCAGUUGCUGAUCUAAAUACGCGACUGAAGCAACCUGUUGACCCACUGCAGUUCCGUGGAAACUUUCACCUCAAAAUGGACGUCAACGAGCCUUACGCCGAGGAUCACUGGCAGUGGAUACGGAUUGGCGAAGAUGCAGUUUUUCGGAUUGUCGCUCCUUGUACUCGCUGCAUAUUACCAAACAUAAAUGUCAACACGGCGGAGCGCAACGUCGAUGGAGAGCCGUUAAAGACACUACGCAGCUAUCGUUUGUUUGACUAUUCAUCUCCUGCACUGGGAGUACACUUGGGACUUCGACGACCAGGAAAUGUCAAGGCCAACGAUGUUAUUUACGUGGAAGACAAAUAAAUUGAUGCGAUUUGGCGGAUUUAUUUAGAAAUAUAAUUGUAUACACUCAUCUUUAUAACAUAUAACAGAGAUUAUGAUAGUACGAAAGUUUAAUAUGUAUGUAAAUAAACAUGGGCAAUGAGCUAUAACAGUAA